AUGCCGUUAAAUUUUUGUCAAAUACCCCAAGAUGAUUCAAUUACACCUAUGAUAUGCAAAACUGCAUAUGGACUUGUAACAACAUGUAUUCUUGGAGCUGCUACUUAUGUUGGAUAUCGUAUAGGUGCACCAGAAAAGCAGCAAGCUAAACAACAUAAAAAUCCAGAAUUGAAUGAUCAAAUCAAGAAAGUUGUGGAUUCAUUAAAAAUAACUGAUGAUCAACUAAUAGAUAUAAUGCGGAUAUUAGAAGAAGAAAUGAAUGUUGGUCUUUCACCAUCAACACAUAAACACGCUACAGUAAAAAUGUAUCCAUCAUAUGUACGAAAUGUUCCAAAUGGAACAGAAAUUGGCC